AUGUCUAAGCUUUUCAUCGGCGGCCUCGCAUGGCACACCACUGACGACGCCCUUCGUCAGGGUUUCUCAGCGUUCGGCACUGUUGAAGAAGCUAUUGUUGUCAAGGAUCGUGACACCAACCGCAGCCGUGGUUUCGGUUUCGUCCGUUUCAGCAACGAUGGCGAGGCUGAUGCUGCCAUGGACGCUAUGAACAACCAGGAGUUCGAUGGACGCACCAUUCGUGUUGACAAGGCCUCCGAGCGCGCUCCCCGUAACAACGGUGGCUUCCACGGCCGUGGUGGCUACAACCAGUCCGAGGGUGCUCCCGGAAGCGGUGGCCAGGGUUACGGCGGUGGCAGCUGGCGUCCCUCGAGUAACGGCCAAUAA